CUACAUCACACCAAUCUCGCGACCUAGCUAAAGCGCACGCUACCACCCAGCCAGCGUACCGCACAGCCCACAAUGGACCCACUAUCCCCUGCAAACAUCAACGCGGGGUGGUCGAGUGAGCCGGCACCGUCGCUCUCGGCCCCACCACCCCAACCGCAACUGCAACCCCCCGGCCCGCCCUCGCCCUCGUCGUCAACACACAUCCGCGACCCCCAGGUCUACGGCGACCCGGGCACGACCAUCAUGAGCUCGCCGACCGCGUCCCAGUCGGACAAGCCGGUGCCGUACCUGCGUGUGCGCAUCGGCGGCCUCGACAGGAAUCGCAAGGACCUGCUUAUCCGCUACGACGCGAGCACCAACCUGCCAAACUUUCGCACAACGCUCUACCGGAACAUGCAGCGGUCAUAUGUCGAGUUCCAGCGCUUCGCCGAGCAGGUACAGCUGUGCUGCCCUCAGACAAUCAUUCCCGCCCUCCCGCCCCCACACACGUCGGCAGCGACAGAAGAGGAAGAUGAUCGGCUUGUGCGCAUGUCGCUGCAGAAGUGGUUCAGCCGUAUCUGCGACGACCCCGUCCUGCAGAAGGAGGACGAGCUGCGGAGCUUCAUCGAGUCGGACUUUGGGUACCAGCCUGUACCUCCGCCAUCUGCGCGGCGGAACGGGAGCUCGUCGAGCGCCGCGAGUCAGGUGUUCAACGCUGCGCUGAGCAAGGUGGUCCGCCGCGGCCCGCUCGACGACGACGACGAGAUCCAGAGCGCGCGACUCGCGCUCGAGAAGCUCGAGCCGGCGUGGACUAACGCCGCUACUGCUGUCGGGAACCUCGGCAAGGCGCGCAAGGCCCUCGCGACGGCCAACCAGGACGUCGGCGCCAAGCUGAUCGCACUCGCGACGGACGAGAACGACAUCAACCUCGCCACGGCGCAGCGCAAGAUUGGGCGCGUGUACGACCAGCUGUCAAACAUGGCGGGUGCGCAGAUCGCAAGCGAGAAUGUGAUUCUCAACGACUCGCUCGCGUACCAGGGUCUCAAUGCGCGUGCGGCGCGCGACGCGCUGGCACAGCGCACGCAGAUUCUCGAGGACUCGCAGAGCGCGACCAAGGCGGCGAUCAACAAGCGCCGCAAUGUCGAGCGGCUCAAGGGUAGCAGCAGCAUCAACCCCACCAAGGUGGACGACGCGAUCGCGGAGAUGGAGGAGGCCAACGCGCUCGACAACCGCCUCACAUCACAUAUCAACAACAUCUCGGCCAACCUCCACUCUGCGCUGCGCGCGCACUCGCGCAACGCGCACGAGGACGUUGCCGUCUCGCUGCUCGAGCACGCGAGGAUGAGCAUCAUCUUCAACCGCCAGAUCCUGCGCGAGCUCGAGGCCCUCCGGCCAGACCUGCAGCGUAUCGGUACCACGGCGCCGCCUCCGCCCGCACACGUCGCGAACGCCGUGUCCCCGCUCAGUCAGCACGCAGCAGCUCCACCGCCGCUCCACGCCCAGGCAGGCGCGCCGCCCCUCGGCCCGCCAGCGGCCGCCGGCUCGCAGUCCAUGUUCCUCCCCGCCCCGGGCGCCGAUGUCCCGCGCCCACAAUCAGCGGCCGGCGCAGCGCCAGGUGCACCGCAGCUCGCUCCCUCCGGCCCAGUGGACCCGCUCACCGGCCUCCCGGUGAACAAUAUGGCCCAGAGCAUGAUCCUCCCCGGCCAGCGUGGUGGCGCGCCGGUGCGCCCGCCCGCCAGGCGGCUCGACGAGCGCAAGGCUGCCAAGCUGCUCGCUGGCGGCUUCUAGUAUGAUGUAGUUAGGAUGGUGCAUGCAGGAGAU